AAUCCUGCUAACCUCCUGCACCUGCCUCCACAGUCAGUGCCGAUGCCACUAUCCUGGUUGCUUCCCUUCUCAGCCAUGGAGCUGCUCCUGACUGCCACCAUCUUCUAUUUGGUACUCUGGGUGGUCAAAGCCUUUAGGCUCCAAGUCCCCAAAGGCCUGAAAAGCCCUCCAGGGCCCUGGGGGUGGCCACUGAUCGGGCAUGUGCUGACCUUGGGCAAGAACCCACACCUGGCACUGACCAGGCUGAGUGCGCGCUACGGGGAUGUGCUGCAGAUCCGCAUUGGCUCCACGCCCGUGGUGGUGCUGAGUGGCCUGGACACUAUUCGCCAGGCCUUGGUGAGGCAGAGUGAUGACUUCAAGGGCCGGCCCGACCUCUACAGCUCCACCUUCAUCUCUGAUGGCCAGAGCAUGAUUUUCAACCCAGAUUCGGGUCCCGUGUGGGCUGCCCGCAGGCGCCUGGCACAGAGCGCCCUGCAGAGUUUCUCACUGGCCUCAGACCCAGCUUCUGUGUCCUCCUGCUACUUGGAGGAACAUGUAAGCAGGGAGGCUGAGCAUCUUGUGACCAAGCUGCUGGAUCUCAUGGCAGGGCCUGGGUGCUUCGAACCCUCCAGCCAGAUAGUGGGGUCGGUGGCCAAUGUCAUCGGGGCCAUGUGCUUUGGGAAGAACUUUCCCCAGACCAGCGAAGAGAUGCUCCAAAUCGUGAACACCAGCAAAGAGUUUACGGAGUUUGCCUCCUCUGGCAACCCUGUAGAUUUCUUCCCCAUCCUUCGAUACCUGCCCAACCCCAUGCUGCAGCAGUUCAAAGACUUCAACAAGCGGUUCCUGCAGUUUCUGCAGAAGACCGUGCAGGAGCACUACCAGGACUUUGACAAGAACCAUGUCCAGGACAUCGCCAGUGCCCUGUUCAAGCACAGUGAAGAGAGCCCCCAUGUGAAUGGCGACCUCAUCCCCCGCAAGAAGAUUGUUAACCUGGUCAAUGACAUCUUUGGGGCAGGUUUUGACACAGUCACCACCGCCAUCUCUUGGAGCCUCUUGUACCUCGUGACGAAGCCAGAGAUCCAGAAGAAGAUCCACAAGGAGCUGGAUGCCGUGAUUGGCCGGGACCGAAAGCCCAGGCUGGCAGACCGACCCCAGCUGCCCUACAUGGAAGCCUUCAUCUUGGAGGUCUUCCGAUACUCUUCCUUCCUGCCCUUCACCAUCCCUCACUGCACAACCAGGGACACCAUACUGAAUGGCUUCUACAUCCCCAAGGACCGCUGCGUGUUCAUCAACCAGUGGCAGGUCAACCACGACCCGAAGCAGUGGGAGGAUCCCUUCGAGUUCCGCCCUGAGCGAUUCCUUUUGGCCAACAACACGGCUGUCGACAAGACCUUGAGCGAUAAGAUACUGCUGUUUGGUCUGGGCAAGCGCCGGUGCAUCGGAGAGACGCUGGGCAGGUGGGAGGUCUUCCUGUUUCUGGCCAUCCUGCUGCAGCAGCUGGAGUUCAGCGUGCCACCUGGCGUGAAGGUGGAUCUAACCCCCGUCUACGGGCUGACCAUGAAGCCACCCCAUUGCCAACAUGUCCAGGCAAGGCCACGCUUCUCCAAAUGAAGGAGCCCCAGCAGCCAAUGGAGAAUGGGUACUCACAGGGGCUUGAUCUUGUUUCUCUCUUUUAAUCCCAGUACUGAGGAGGCUGAGGCAGGAUAGCUCUAAGUUCAAAGCCAGACAGCGUUACAUAAUUCAGGGCCAGCAUGAAUUACAUAGUGAGAUCCUGCCUC